CGCCCUUGGAGGGAGACGCGUCCGCAAGGUCUCUGGGUGCAGAUUCGUGGACUCUGUUCGUGGGCGCCUGGCGUAGCCGUAGUUGGUGCAGGAGCCUCCCUCCACUCCCAGCAUGUCUGGUGGCCAGCGCCAGCAUAAGGGUUCUCGCUAUUCCAUCCGGGCUGCAGCCAUUUAUGCCAACGCACACCCUUGGCAAGAGAUCGACUGGGCCUCUCCUGGUUCUGCAUUUGCCCUGCUAGUGGAUCCCUGGAUUGAGCAGCCCUGCUAUGGGGACCCUGUGUGCGUGUGCAUGACCAUGGAGCAGAAGAGCACAGUGAGCGGUGAGGCUGUAGAAAGGGGGCCCCUGCACCAUUUGAUGCCUGACCCAUGACCCCUGAGGGUGAACUUCCACUGGGUGCCAGGCUCAGACCCAGGCACCUUUGAUGGCUCCCCAUGGCUGCUGGACUGCAUUUUGGCCCAGCUGGGUGAUUACAUGUCUUUCCAAUUUGAGCACUACCAGGACAGCCUCAGCCACGUCUGUGAGAUCCUUGGAUGCCUGACAAGCUGAGCUCAGGCAUGCGCAGCCCCCUACCUCAACGGGGACCUACCCCUGCCUGAUGAUUAUGAGCUCUUUUGUCAGGAUCUUGAGGGGUUUAUUCAAGAGCCAAACAGUUUUGCUGUGUACCAUGUUGCAGUGCCCUACCCCUUGCCUGCCUCGAGCCAGCCACCAGUGGCCCUGCAGCUGCCUAUGGUGAGGCAGUAUUUAGCUAGGUUCUCGGACGUCCUGGCACUCAAUAUGGGCGCCACCCCCAGGCCUGUCCCAGCCACCCCUGCUGUUUCUAAUUUUGACUCUACAUUAAAAAAUGCUCUGCCUGAGCAGCAGUUGACCAAGGAGAGCAGCCCUGGGCCCGCUGAGCCCCUUGCCUUGUCCAAUUCUGCAUGCAGCACUAAUCCUGUUCUGGUGCGGCCAGCCUCCUCCCAGCCAAGGGAGGUGGCCCCAUAAUCAUCAGGCAGGUGGCCCAAACCUAUCCUUGUACUUUCAUAAUCUGCUAACCCCCCUGCCCAGAAACCAGAUCCAAUUCACCCAGGGGGUCCAGAACCCCAGAAGACAGAGGACGUUUCUGAGGCAGAGGGAGACCAGGAGGUCUUAGGUGGCCCACAGGGGGCAGUGGACACCCCAGAGACCCCAGGAGAGCCACCAUUUUCUCCUACUCUCCACCCUGCAACCCUGGAUUCUGAACAGGGCCCAGGCAGGUGCAGCAGUGCCCCUCGAGAUGAAGUGGCCUGUGUAGCUAAGGAGCCCCACAGCCCCCCGUCAGGACCAAGUGCCAUUGCCAGGUGACUCUAGACAAGGUGCUGCCAGGUGCUGCGCUGUCCAUUUGCCCCAUUGCUGGGCAGGAGGUGUGCUUGUUUGGACUCCGCCUUGUCUGAGCACAAACAGCCCACUUCGUUCUUCUCCUUCCCCCGCCACAGCAGACUGUUGGCCUCUGCCCUCUGCUUCUUGUUCUGACUAUCCAGUGGCCCAGAGACUGCUUCCUGCUGGGCUCUCUGCAGCAUCCCCACACCUGCCUUGGGAGUGCUGUCUCACCUGGGCUUGUUCCCACUAGUUGGGCAGAGUUCUGUAGAUCAGUCCCCAUCAGAUAUUUGCAUCGUCUUUGUAAACCCUACCCACUGAUGCACACACAGAACCCCCUUCAGUGCUGGCCUCAACUGGACUGAGUCUGCUAUGCCAGUCCUGUUUGGAUCUGGUCCCCUGUUUGGAUAGGCCACCCCCCAUCUCGGCUUCCUGUGGCCUGUCCUCUGGGCUGGAAUUUAAGGAAGGUUGCAUGGAGGAAGUGGCCACUUUCAUUGUUGAGUGCGAGUCAGAUGGUAUCUUGGUAGAGAAAGAUGCUUUUCUGUGGGUUUAGCAGCAGCCCUGGUCAGCUGGGAAGGCUCAGAUACAGGAAGGUAGGAUGUAAGCCACCUUUCAGUCUCAGCUCUUUCAAGCAUUUUCUCCUUCUGUAUGUCAACAUUCUAGUCACCUGGUUUUCUUGAAUUUUUCUGUCUUCAGUGCCUUUGCCCCUGCUGCCCUUCCACUCUCUGCUUUUCAACAGUCAUUGCCUUUUUGCCCACUCUUGCACAUUGCUGAUUCAGCACUGAAACUCCAACACUGUACAUGAUUUGUAUAUCUGGGUAGAGUGUGAGCCUCUAGGGCAGGGGCUCCAUCUUAGCUUGUGUCCUGGUACACAAUCAGUGCCCAUUAAAUGUGUUUUGGAUCCAUGGCUGAACCUGUGGUGUGGUGGCUGCCGACAAGCAGAGUCUUUGUUCCAUUGGCAGGAGCACUGUGCCCUUUCUGUAAGGAACAGAGAGGCUAGUCCUCAGCCACAAGCACCCCAGGUCAGUGUUGCACGUGUGGUUGGGAGCUUUGAGGAUUGGAAGGUCUGGUUGAGGAGUUGGGCUGAAUGGGUGAGAGUGGGAGGCCUGACAGGUGGAGUGUGGGCUUGAAAACUGACUUAGGAGAGCAGAGGUGAAGUGAGGAGCAGGCAGCAGACCUGAGUUGUGAGGCCUCAGGGGGACAGAAGAUUGGAAUGAAGAAAGACCUGUUCUGCACAGGGACGGCUUUUCUAAUAACGAGAACUGAGCUGGGAAACUCCCCCGAGCCAAAUUUAACAUAGGACUGGUACAGUGCACCUACUCAGGGGAGUGGUUAGGCAAGAAUUUCAAGCCCCUUUCAGUUUUACAAUUGUGUAAACAAAACAAAAGAACACCUUCCUGGAAAGUAGGGAGAAGAAAUAAAUGGAAAUGGGAAAUGCAACUAAAACUAGUUAUUUUAGGAAAAACUGUAAUAAGCAAAUAUCUGAUAAAAAAUUUUAAGUACA